AUGCCCUCAGGAAAUCCCUUUGAAGAUCAAAUAGACAAUAAUAAUAAUCCGUUUGAGACCAAUAUGGAGAAUAGCAAUGGGAGUGAAUCUCACAAUGAUACAAAUCCCAAAGUACAAUUUUUGAAUACUGAUGAAUUUAAAGAUGUGGCAUUUGAUAAUGAUAACGAAAAUAGUUUGAGUUAUGAUGACCAAAACGAUGCCCAUUCAUUCGAAGCUACUCCUCAUUUGAAUAAAAAGGACAACAAAGGCGCUUUCGAACCAUUCGAAGAUGAGUUAGAAACUCAUACCAGUUUGAAAAAUGAUCUUGAAGAUGAAGCUGAAGACAAUGAAUUAAAUCAUAAUGGUAAUAGAAUGAAAAGAUUACGUUGGGGUACUCAUAGAAAUAAAAAAGGUAGACCUAACGUAGGAAGAGCAAAGACUUUGAAAUGGGCAAAGAAAAAUUUUCAAAAUCCUUUUGAAGAAUUUAUAGGUAUGGAAGAUUCGUUAGACGAUGCAGCAGAGAAAAAUCGAGCAGAUGAACAUAGAACAGUUUAUUUUAACAUGGAUAUGCCAGCUGACACAUUAGAUGAGGAUGGUCAUCCAAUUGUCGAUUAUGUUCGUAACAAGAUCAGAACUACGAAAUAUACACCGAUUACUUUCUUCCCUAAGAAUAUUUUAUUUCAAUUUCAAAAUUUUGCAAAUGUUUAUUUCUUAGUUCUAAUUAUUCUUGGUGCAUUUCAAAUUUUUGGUGUUACAAAUCCAGGGUUUGCUUCUGUUCCAUUGAUCGUCAUUGUUUGUAUUACUGCAUUUAAGGAUGCUAUUGAAGAUUCUAGAAGAACUGUUUUAGAUUUAGAAGUUAACAAUACGAGGACCUACAUUUUAUCGGGUGUACCAAAUAAUAAUGUUUCUGUUGAUAAUAUCUCUCUUUGGAGAAAGUUUAAGAAAGCCAAUUCUAGACUAUUAUUUAAAUUUAUUGAUUACUGUAAAGAAAGCUUUACUGAAGAAGGUAAAAAGAAAAAAGCUCAAAGACAACGUAAUAAGUUACAUGUACAGAGAACGAGAGAAGCUUCUGGCAACCCAAGGAACUCAUUGGAUUCAAUGGAAAGUUAUAGGGGUUCUGCGGAAUACGGUCGCCCUUCAUUAGACUAUGACGUAGAUGAACCUUACGAUAUGUAUGCUAAUAAUGGUACCGUUAUCGAUAAGUCGCUACCCCCAAGAGAAGAUUGCAAGUUUUCUAAGGACUAUUGGAAGAAUGUAAACGUUGGUGAUAUUGUACGUAUUCAUAAUGAUGAUGAAAUUCCUGCUGAUAUUAUUUUACUAUCUACUUCUGAUCAUGAUGGUGGUUGUUACGUUGAAACCAAAAAUUUAGAUGGUGAAACUAACUUAAAAGUACGUAACGCAUUAAAAUGUUCCAUUCCUGUCAGAAGCUCCCGUGAUAUUGGUAGGUCUAAAUUUUGGAUUGAAAGUGAAGGUCCUCAUGCUAAUCUUUAUACCUAUCAAGGUAAUUUGAAAUAUGUCGAUCCAGCUACCGGAGAUAUGAGCAAUGAACCAAUUAAUAUUAAUAAUUUAUUACUUCGUGGUUGUACACUUAGAAACACAAAAUGGGCGAUGGGUAUUGUUAUCUUCACUGGUAAUGAUACAAAAAUUAUGUUAAAUGCUGGUGUGACGCCUACCAAAAAAUCUAGAAUUGCGAGAGAAUUAAACUUUUCUGUUGUUAUCAAUUUCUUAUUACUAUUCGUUUUAUGUUUUGUCUCUGGUAUUAUUAAUGGUGUUUAUUAUAAUAAAUCAGGGACCUCAAGGAACUAUUUUGAAUAUGGUACAAUCGGUGGUUCCCCUGCUACUAAUGGUUUUGUUUCAUUUUGGGUUGCCGUUAUUUUAUACCAAUCCCUUGUUCCAAUUUCGUUGUAUAUUUCUGUUGAAAUUAUAAAGACUGCCCAAGCUGCUUUUAUAUAUGGUGAUGUUUUACUGUAUAAUGCAAAAUUGGAUUAUCCUUGUACUCCAAAAUCUUGGAAUAUCUCUGAUGAUCUUGGGCAGGUUGAAUACAUAUUUUCUGAUAAAACAGGUACUUUAACCCAAAAUGUAAUGGAAUUCAAAAAAUGUACAAUCAAUGGUGUCUCAUAUGGCCGUGCAUACACUGAAGCAUUGGCUGGUCUAAGAAAACGUCAAGGUAUCAACGUCGAAGAAGAAGGUAGAAGAGAAAAAGCAGAAAUUGCUAAAGAUAAAGACACCAUGAUUGCUGAUUUAAAAUCAAUUUCUAAUAAUUCUCAGUUUUAUCCUGAUGAAAUGACAUUUGUUUCUAAAGAAUUUGUAAAGGAUUUAAAGGGUGAAAAUGGUGAUUAUCAAAAAAAAUGUGAUGAACAUUUUAUGUUGGCUUUAUCUUUAUGUCAUUCUGUGUUAGUGGAACCUCAUAAAAAUGAUCCUGAUAGGUUAGAUUUGAAAGCACAAUCACCGGAUGAAGCUGCUUUAGUUGGUACUGCAAGAGAUUUAGGUUUUAGUUUUGUUGGUAAGACUAAGACAGGUUUAAUUGUUGAAAUUCAAGGUGUUCAGAAGGAAUUCCAAGUGUUGAAUAUAUUGGAAUUCAAUUCAUCUAGAAAGAGAAUGAGUUGUAUUAUUAAAAUUCCUGGUCCAACUCCAGAGUCUGAACCAAGCGCUUUAUUAAUUUGUAAAGGUGCUGAUUCCAUUAUUUAUUCCAGAUUAAGCAAAGAUAACAACCAAAAUGAUGAAACAUUAUUAGAAAAGACCGCAUUACAUCUUGAGCAAUAUGCAACAGAAGGUCUGAGAACCCUAUGUAUAGCUCAAAGAGAAAUUUCCUGGUCCGAAUAUGAAAAAUGGAGUAAACAAUAUGAUGUAGCUGCUUCCUCAUUAAACAACAGGGAAGAAGAACUAGAAAGAAUUUCUGAUCAAAUUGAACGUGAUUUAGUUUUAUUGGGAGGUACUGCAAUUGAAGAUCGUUUACAAGAUGGUGUGCCCGAUUCUAUUGCUUUAUUAGCUGAUGCAGGUAUCAAAUUGUGGGUAUUAACCGGUGAUAAAGUUGAAACUGCCAUUAAUAUUGGUUUUUCAUGUAAUUUACUAAAUAAUGAUAUGGAAUUACUGGUUAUCAAAUCUCAAGGUGAAGAUGUAUCAAAAUAUGGUGAAGAUCCUUUUGAAAUAGUAAAUAGUUUACUUUCCAAGUACUUGAGAGAGCAUUUCAACAUGAGCGGUAAUGAAUUGGAAUUGGCAGAAGCUAAACUGCAACAUGAUGUGCCUCAUGGAAACUUUGGUGUUGUCAUUGAUGGUGAUGCUUUAAAGUUGGCUUUAAGCGGUGAAGAUAUCAGACGUAAGUUUUUAUUAUUAUGUAAAAACUGUAAAGCGGUCUUAUGUUGUAGAGUUUCUCCUUCCCAAAAAGCUGCUGUUACAAAAUUAGUCAAAAAUACUUUGGAUGUCAUGACCCUAGCAAUUGGUGAUGGUUCCAACGAUGUAGCAAUGAUCCAAUCUGCUGAUGUCGGUGUUGGUAUUGCAGGUGAAGAAGGUCGUCAAGCUGUAAUGUGUUCCGAUUAUGCUAUUGGUCAAUUUAGAUAUUUAACUAGAUUGGUUCUGGUUCAUGGUAGAUGGUCAUACAAAAGAUUAGCAGAGAUGAUUCCAUCAUUCUUUUACAAGAAUGUUAUUUUUACUCUAGCUUUAUUCUUCUAUGGUAUUUACAAUAACUUUGAUGGUUCUUAUCUGUUUGAAUAUACAUAUCUUUCCUUCUAUAACUUGGCAUUUACUUCGCUGCCUGUUAUUUUCAUGGGUAUUUUAGAUCAAGAUGUCAAUGAUACCAUCUCUUUAUUGGUUCCAGAAUUAUACAAAGUAGGUAUUUUAAGAUUAGAAUGGAACCAAAGGAAAUUUAUUUGGUAUAUGGUAGAUGGUCUAUAUCAGUCUAUUAUUUGUUUCUUUUUCCCAUAUUUAAUCUAUCAUAAGACAAUGUAUGUUUCUAAUAAUGGUUUAGGUUUAGAGCAUCGUUAUUAUGUCGGUACCAUGGUCGCAACCAUUGCUGUUAUUGCAUGUAAUCUGUACAUUUUGAUUCAUCAAUAUAGAUGGGAUUGGUUUACAGGGUUCUUUAUUGGUCUAUCUAUAAUCGUAUUAUACGGCUGGACUGGUAUCUGGACUAGUUCUUUAAUCAGUAAUGAAUAUUUCAAGGCUGCAUCUCGUAUUUAUGGUGUACCAGUAUUUUGGGGUAUUACCUUUAUUGGUGUUAUGUUUUGUUUAUUACCGAGGUUUACAUAUGAUGUAUUUCUGAAAUUAUUUUACCCAUCAGAUGUUGACAUUAUUAGAGAGAUGUGGGCACGUGGUGAUUUCAACCAAUAUCCACAAGGAUAUGACCCAACUGAUCCAAACAGACCAAAUAUAACUAAGAAUAGUUUAGUUUCAAAUGAGAAAAAAAUUCAAUUGAAUGUUGCUGACGACGAAGAUCCAUUCAGUGAUUCUGCAAUGUAUUUUGGUGGUAAUAAUUCUAAUCGCAGUUUAGCGACCGAAGAGAUUCCAAUGAGUUUUAUUGACAGACCUGAUGGGACACCCAUGUUAAUUAGAAAAGAUCAACCAAACAAUUGGACUUCUCCUAAAGAAAAUCAAGACCUGUUAUUUUCACCUAAUAUAAAUUCUGAUGAAGAAAGAGUCCCACGUAGAAGUAUGGGGGCCAGAACAUCUUUGGAUCAAACUAGAGAGCAGAUGCUAACUUCAAACCAAUUGGAUACUAGAUUUUCUGUUGAUAGAGCCAGAGUUUCCCUUGAGCUGCCUGGUGUCACUCAUGCAGAGGAUUUAAUGAAAAGACAAAGUAGAGAGACAUAA